UUUCCGCUGGCCUGGUCUAUUAAGACGGGCGGGCUGGCUGGCUGGCUCUGGCGUUUUCCCUUCGCCCUUCCAGGAAUCGCAAAAUGGAUUAUUCCCGCAAAACCCCCUUUCUCCUUCUCCUCCUCCUCCUUCUCUUCUGCUGUCACGUUUCUCCUUCUUCCUCCCGCGCCUCUCUCACCGUUUCCCCGACGACCCUCACCCGCACCAGCCGCACCGUCACUGUGCGAUGGUCCGGCGUCGAAUCUCCUUCGGAACUCGAUUGGCUCGGCAUCUACUCACCGCCCAACUCCCGCAACGAGGAUUUCAUCGGAUACAUCUUCCUUCGAAACUCCAGUAGCUGGCCUAAUGGCGCCGGCUCCGUCGAAAUCCCUCUCGUGAACCUCCGCGCUAAUUACGUCUUCCGCGUCUUCCGAUGGACCAGCGACGAGGUCAACCCCAACCACCACGACCACGAUAAAAACCCUCUACCUGGAACCCACCACCGCCUCGCCGUCUCGGAGGAAGUCACGUUCGAGGCUGCCGCGUUGCCGGAUCAGAUCCACCUCUCGUUUACGGACCAGGAGAACGAGAUGCGUGUGAUGUUUGUUACGGCGGAUGGGGCCGAGAGCUUCGUGAGCUAUGGGCUAGAUGCGGAGCGGCUGGAUCAGAUCGUGGAAACGGCGGUGAGGAGAUACGAGAGAAAGGACAUGUGCGACUUUCAGGCGAAUUCGAGCAUUGGGUGGAGGGAUCCUGGGUUCAUACAUGAUGGCGUGAUGAAAAAUUUGGAGAAGGGGAAGAAGUAUUUUUACACGGUUGGCAAUGAUGCAGGAGGUUGGAGUCCUAUCCAUAAUUUCAUAUCCCGUGACAGUGAUUCAAAUGAGACAAUAGCCUUCCUAUUUGGAGACAUGGGAACUUAUACUCCAUACGCGACCUUCUAUAGGAUACAAGAGGAGAGCAGAUCUACCGUCAAGUGGAUACUUCGUGACAUGGAAGCCUUAGGUGACAAACCUAUGUUUGUUUCUCACAUUGGGGACAUCAGUUAUGCCAGAGGUUUUUCCUGGAUAUGGGAUGAGUUCUUCAAUCAAAUUGAACCUAUUGCCUCCCACAUACCUUACCAUGUCUGCAUAGGUAACCAUGAGUAUGAUUGGCCAUCACAACCUUGGAGACCAGAUUGGUCCUACAGCAUCUACGGGAAGGAUGGUGGUGGGGAAUGUGGUGUUCCGUACAGCCUCAGAUUCAAAAUGCCUGGCAAUUCAUCAUUUCCAACAUGGACUGGAUCUCCAAACACUCAAAAUCUCUACUAUUCUUUUGAUGCUGGUGUUGUGCAUUUCCUCUACAUGUCAACUGAAACUAAUUUCCUCCAAGGCAGUUCCCAGUAUAACUUCAUAAAGGGAGAUUUGGAGAGGGUUGACAGAAACAAAACGCCAUUUGUUGUUAUACAAGGCCAUCGCCCCAUGUACACUACAAGUAAUGAAGUAAGGGAUGCUCCAAUAAGGCAGAAAAUGCUGGAGCACCUGGAACCACUAUUGGUGCAGAACAACGUAACUCUUGCUUUAUGGGGUCAUGUCCAUAGGUAUGAAAGGUUUUGCCCUAUGAGAAAUUUCAGAUGUGUAGAUGUUUCCUCAAACUUCACAUCCACAGGUGGUGCACCUGUACAUGUAGUUAUUGGGAUGGGAGGACAAGAUUGGCAGCCAAUCUGGGAGCCAAGGCCUGACCAUACGGAUGCUCCAGUUUUUCCUCAACCUGAAAGAUCAAUGUAUCGGGGAGGCGAAUUUGGUUACACACGGCUUGUUGCUACGAGGGAGAAGUUGACCCUGAGCUACAUUGGAAACCACGAUGGGCAAGUACAUGAUGUCUUGGAGAUUCUAUCUGGUCAAACUUUGAAGGGGGGUACCACUGACAGCAAUGAAAAAACUCUAAAAUAUAGUGAUGAUGGCCAGAAGACACCAAGUAGUGAUAAAGUUGCGUCAGUUGAGUCGAUUUUCCCGUGGUAUAUGAAACUCGUUGUUGCACUGGUUGCUGCCAUCCUUCUGGGUUUUGCUCUUGGUUUUUUGACACGCUACAGGAGGGAUACUUUAGAACGGGCACAGUGGACUCCGGUGAAAAUCGUGGAGUUGUAAUACUCGUCCAAAGGAUUAGCAGGAAUCUUGGUAACCAAGACAAUGAAAGGUUAUGAUCCUGUACUCAUAUAUAAACUGCCACGCUUGUUUAGCGCGGUGCCCAAAUGAAGAGCGGUUUCUUUCUGCCUUUUGGACGUUGUCAUGUAUACAGGUUGGUAAGAUGUUUUUAAGCCAAGUAAGCUAAUGAUCAGUUAGGAUCGCGUGAAUAA